AUGAGGAAUGAUAUCACCACCUUCUUUCAGCARGACGGAGAGUCAUUGUAUGAGUCAUGGGAGCGUUACAAGGAGCUGUUGAGGAAGGUCCCUCAUCAUGAACUUCCCAUAUGGCUGCAAGUCCAAACCUUCUAUAAUGGGCUAACCGAAGCCAACAAGACCAUUAUGGAUGCUACAGCUGGGGGUUCCAUCAAUAACAAAACCUCUGAAGUUGCCCAUGCACUCAUAGAGGAGAUGGAUGCAAACAACUACCAAUGGCAUUCUGAGAGAGCACAAGUUAGGAGACAGUCCGAACUUCACAAUGUGGACACCUAUACAGCCCUACAGGAUGAGUUGUGCUCGAGAGAGGCUGCUCAUGCCAUUAAGGUUUCACCAAACCAUGGUUGA